AUGAAUUCAUAAAAUCUCAGUAGAUUCACAUUCAGAAUUAUUCUUUCAUUUAUCUUGUUUCUAGGAUUAGGGUCUUGUUGCCCAUUUUAUAAUUAUGAAGAUUCAUUACUUAGUGAAUACUAUCCAAUACAAGAGACAAUUAUUGAUUAGGUAAGCCCUUCUUAGACAUUUGCAUUUUGGAGCUUUUCUAUUCCUCUAUGGAAGGUGAAAAGUUACCCACAAGUAGAAUAAUUAGCGACUUCAGAUACAAGACGAUAUUAAUUGAUGUUUUUGUUGAAGUCUCUUGAUGAUGAUAGAGUAGUGAUGUUCAUGUAUGCAGUACUUGAUGAUGAUGGGGAUUCAGUUAUUCAUAGAUUAAGAGUUGAAAAGGUAGAUGAUUGGGGUUGGCCAGGGUUUAGUACUUAUAGCUUUGAAUAUGAUCCAAAAGAAUAUGAAGGUACUUGGUUAUUAACAAUGAUAACAAUUCAAUAAAAAUCAGUGAUUUUCUAGACAAGUAAUUAUGUCACAAAUAAUAAUAUUGGAGAUAUAUUACAAGAAUUAAAUAAAGUAAAAUUUAUAAUAGGAGGAACUGGAUAUGUAAAAAAUAUAAUUGUAUUAUUUAUAGAUAGAUGUAUUUACAGUAGGAAUAUUUAGAGGGAGAUUAUCAAAGUUGAUGUAAUUUACAGAUUAUUCAGAAUAAAAAUUUGAGGAAGUGGAAACUAAUUGUUAAAUACCACAAGAAGUAAUAGGAGAAUAAACAGUAGAAUUAUUUCCAUAAUUAUUUACAUUCACAGGAGAUUCAUAAUAAAUAUUUAUUAUUGAUUAGGUAGGUAAAAGAUUUUGUAUAUCUGGAUGGGUAAAGUAUGAUUCUAUAGAUGCAGUAUAAACAAUUUAAUAUUUGCUGCUUCGAUUAACAACAAAUUAAAAUUAUGGUAAUUAUUUAAAUAUGGGUGAUGAAAUAUUGAAGAUAAGUGCCUAAUUGAAUAGAAUAAACCCUAAAUAUUCUGGUUAUUUUGUUGAUUCUAUUCAUUAUGUUAUUCCUGUUAGAUAAUAAAAUGUCAUACCAGAUACAAGAAUUUAUUCAUGGGUUUUUAUUGAUGAAUUUCCUUAUAUAUAUUUGGAUGCUCUAACAUCAUGGCAUUAUAUAUAAUUUGAAUAUGGUAGAACAUCAGGACCAAAGACUUUAUUAACAAUAAAAUACUUUGCAGGAAAUCUUGAUAUGGAUUAAGAUUCAUUUGGAAAUUAUCCUAAUUAAGGAGUAUUCAUUAAUACUAAAUAUUAUGCUAUUUUUGGUAGUGAUAUGACAAAUGUAAGAAAAUUAAAGGGAUAACUUUCACACUUUAAAUUUACAUAUAAUUAUGAUACAGAUAAAGAUUUCACUUAUUGUAAUUUAAUAUUAUCAUUAUUAGAAUGCCAUUAUACAUGUUCUACUUGUAAUGGACCCUUAGAAAAUAAUUGUAUUACAUGUUCUGAUAUUUAAAAUAGAAUAUUUAUAGAAGAUAAACAUGAAUGUAUUUGUAAAAAUGAAUAUUUGGAAAAAGACAAAAUAUGUUUAUAAUUCAGUACAAUAUAUCCAACAUUAAAUUAUUAUGAUAUUAUUUAAGAUCCAUAGAUUUAAACAUGUUAAUUUGGAUAUUUUAUGCUUCCUCAAAUCCAAAGUUGCAUUAAAUGGUAAUUUUCUAUAUAAAUCUCAUAGUCCUUAAUAAUCUACUUUAGAUCUCUUGUGUGUUGAUUGUUUAUUCAAUUCUACAAGUUGGUAUUUAAAUCCAAUAUGUACAACUGAUUAUAUUACAUAAUAAAGAUAAAUUAAUGAAGAUGCAUAUAGGAAAUCAUUAAGAUCACCUUUAGAUUACGAUCUAUAUGUGAUUAAUUAAGAUAAUAAUUUGGAAUUGAUUUAAGGAGCAUAAGAUUUUUGUAAUAAUGAAGAUGAAUUACCUAAUUGUUUUUAAAUUGCUUUUUAAACUCAUUUAUCUAAUGAUGUAUAUGUAAUUUGUAAAUAAAAUCAUUACUUCUAAAAUAAUUAGUGUACAUUUUCAAACUAUGCAUGUUUAAUAACUAAUUAUUAAUAAUAAUAAUUUAUAUGUGAGAAAUGUAAAGAUGGAUAUUACCUAUCUAGAGAUUAAUAAUGUGAAUUAUGUCCAAAUUUAUGUUUAACUUGUAAAAUGGAAAAUGAAAAUCUUUAAUGUACUUCAUGUCCAUCAACAUAUGAACCAGUAGGUGCAUAAUGUUUAAAAUGUGGAUUAAAUUGUUCUAUUUGUUAAUAAUAAAUGAACUAUUUAAUUAAUUAACCAUUUUUGAAAUGUUUAAAAUGUGUAGAUGAUUAUAAGUAUUAUUUAUCAUUAAAUGCAGUUGAUUGCAUUGAAAAUACAAUUGAAAACUGUAUAAUUGCAUUUGAAUCAUCUGUAGAUAAUAAAGAAAUUAAUUCAUUUGAUUAUGACUUUGUACCUUAUUUUGGAGAGGUUAUUACUAAAUGUGCUAAAUGUGAUACAAUAUAUUGUUAUAAUGUAAAUACUAAUACUUGUGAAUUUACAGAGUAUCCUGAAUGUGAUUAUUGUAUUUACACACCAGAUGAUUUCAUAUCAUGGGCAUGUUUAUAUGGACCUAGAACACUAGAUAUUGAUCCAAGUUCAUCCUUUGAUCAAGGUCCUAUAUCAUUUACUUAAUAAUGCUCUGGAUUUAAUUAAAAUUGUUAAUUAUGUAUGUUUGGUUAGACAAAUGGUGAAAUCUCUUAUCUAUGUUUAACAUGUGAAGAUGGAUAUUUUGCUAAUAAACUUACAGGAUAAUGUGAACCAUGUCCAUAAGAUCUAUUUUGUUAAAAGUGUUAUUAAUAAAAUAAAUACUCAAAAGAUGAUUGGAAGACUGAGAUUCGUCCAUUUUAUAAAAUUUAAAUAGAUGAUAACUUUUAAACUCAUUCAUUUAUUGAACAUGGAACAAGUCCAAAUAAGGAAGAUUAUGAAAUUGUAUGUUCAAAUUGUUAAUCAGGAUAUGAAUUAUAAAAUAAUUAAUGUAUACUAAAGUGUCCUGAGAAUUGUCUUGAAUGUGAAUUAAUAAAUAAUGUUAAUGUUUGUAUUAAAUGUCCAAAUACAAUUAAAGGAAGAAAUUUAAGUAUAGAUAACAAUCAAUGUAUUAUUUGUCCUAUUAAUUGUUCAUUGUGUCGUUAAAGAAAUUAAUAAGAAAUUGCCUAAAUUAAUCCAUUAUUUGAUAGUCAAGAGUUUUCAUACUCAUCAAAUUAAUGUUUAAGGGGAUAUAUGGGAAUAUUUGAUUAAUCUUUGGGUAUAUAUGUAGAUUGUGUAUCAAAUUUAUGUAUAAAGAAGAUGGAAAUUAAUUUAAAUUUAUUUUGUGAUAAUGAUAAAUACAAUAGAGCAUUAAUGGAAUUAGAUUAAGAGGAAUAAAUAAUUUAGUUUAAAUAAUCGAAUAUAUUAAUUACUGAUUUAUUUUCAUCAUCUAGUUUUAAAGAAGUAUAUAUAUUUAUAAAUAUUAAAAUAGUUUGAAACUCAAUAAUUUUAUUUGAUGGCUAAUCAAAAAGUUAUUUAAAAUAUUUCAAUUAAGAUUGUAAGUCAAGAAAGUCAAGUUUGUAUUAUAACUGGUAAUAAGAGUAUUCAAUAAAAAUUCAGUUAGAAUAUCUUUUCUGCCAUGUAUUAUUAUUUAAUAUUUAAGUAAUGUUGAAUUAUUAAUCUAAGGAAAUGGAUUUACAACAUUUCAAUAUGAAAGAAGUAUAUCUAUUAUCAAUUUUAAAAAUGUCUAAUUUGAUGGUAUUAAAUUAAAUCCUACUCAAACUGGAAAUAUCAAAUAACUUUUAUUUUAAAGUGCAUUUCUAUAAAGUAUUUAAUUAAUUAAUAUCAUUUAUGAUUGUUCAAUAUAAUAAGAUAGAUCUUAAAUUAUUAUUUAGAAUGCUUAAAAUAUAAUUAUUGAUUAAUUUGAAUCAUCUAAUUUAAAUAUUAAUAAUAUUGAUUCUUUUAUCAAAAUAGAAUCUAUUAAAUUAAAUCAAAAUAUUCAAAUAUCAAAUAUCAACUUAAUACAAUGUUAAUUUAAGAAUACAAUUCUAUUUAUGUUAAAUACAAAUACUUAAGUUUAAGUAGAAAUAAGAAAUAUCUAAAUUAAUUCUAAAUUCAUAUCUACUCAAUUAUUAAAUAUAUAAUUUGGUUAAUUAAUUAUGGAUAAUAUUAAUAUAUACAAUAGUGAGUUAAAUUAAGUAGUUAAUUUAUUUAAUUUAGAAUCCUUAAAUCAAAUUCAAAUUAAUUAAUUCGAAAUCUCUUAAACUAUUAUUAUAACAUCUACAAUCUUAAGUUUAAAUUAAAAUUCUCAUAUAUCAAAUUUAAGAUUUAAUCAAAAUUAAUUAUUGAAAAAUUCAAUAAUAAUACAAAAUUAAAGAGUUAAUGUAGAAUAAUAUUAUUUUUAAUAUUUUAAUUUUGAAUUAAAUUCUUAUGAUGAAGAUUCCAAAUUUAUUUAAAUCUAAUAAAAUCUAUCUCCUAAUAGACAUAUCAUUAUUAAUGAUAUUUAAGUAAUAGGUAAUCAAUUAACAUUCUUAUCAAACAUUAAAUAAUUAGAAUAAUAAGAAAUUACAUUAAUAUAUCUAUUAUUAGAACAAAUAGAAAUUAUAUCACUUAAUAUAGAGAGAGCAAAUGGAAUCAAAGAAUUUAGUAUCACUGGAAUCAAUUCAUUAAUAAUAAAUAAAACAACAAUUAAACAAUAUACUGCAUCUUUAUUUUAAGGAUUACAUCUAUAUAUAGAUUGUUUAAAACUUUAACAUUAUGGUACUUCUGUUUAUAUAUAUGAUACUAAAAGCAUAGAAUUCAAAUCAUUAACUAUUUCUACUGCAGAAUCAAUCGAUUAUCCCAUUAUUAAUAUUUAAACAUCAAUAUCUAAAAAAACCAAUAAUAAUUCUAUAAAACUAUCUGAUUUAAAUCUUAUGAAUAAUUUACUCUUAAUAACUAAUUAAAUGAAAUAAAUCUCACUUAUUUAAUUAACAACAUAAUAAGAAUUUAAUAUUGAAAUUAUAGACUCCAUAUUUAAAAAGAAUAUUAUGCAUCAAUAUAGAUAAAAUGAUCUAAUAAACUCUGGAUUAUUAUUAAAUUUUGAUUGUCCUUAUUGUACAAUUAAUAUGGAAAAUGUAAUAGCUGAAUCAAAUUUAGUUACAAAUACCACAGAUAACAUAAUUUAUAUAAAAUCAAAGAAAAUUACAAUUAAGAAUUCUAAUUUCAUUUCUAAUUGUAUAUUUGAUUAUAGCAUUUUAUAACCUUAUUUAAUAUGGGGAUAUAAUAAUGGUGAAGAAGUAUUUCUAGAAUAAAUAAUGGAAAUUUUUCCAAUUUUUGUUACAACAGGAAAUGCAAAAUUGAUAAGUUCAGAUUUAGAAAUUGAAAAUGUUCUAAUAUCAAAUUCAUCUGGUUCUGGAUUAUAUAUAAGAAUGGAGAAUGAUGCCAAAUUAUUGAUUGCCAAUUCAGUAUUCAGUUUUAUUAGUACUCAUUUUUUAUCAGAAACUGAAAAUGGAGGUGCUAUAUAUUUAGAUACUUCCAAUUCAGUUUCAACUACAAUAACAAUUACUAAUGUGAAAGCAAAUAAUAUAUAUUGUAGUAAUAAAGGAGGAUUUAUAUAUCUGUUAAAUGGAUUAAGUACUAUUUAGAUUACAUUACUUAAUACUUAAUUUAAAGAUGUAUUUGCUCUAUUUGGAUCCAUUAUAUUUUCAGAAUUCUCUCCUCUUACAUCUUAAUCAUAGAAUUUAAGAUUAAUUACUGCUAAAAUUUCUAAUAGUUUAGAAGGUUAAUUACAAUUUUUCAAUAAGUUUAAUAUGGCAAGUGAAUCUUAAAUAAUAGCUUUACAUUAUUAAAGAUUUUAGAUUUUAAUUUAUAAUGCCAAAACAUUUUAAAUGGAGAAUUUAAUUAUUUCAGAUAUUAAUUUUGAAUCAUUUUUAUAUUUAUAAAAUAUUACAGCUGUUUAGAUUUAUUCUGUAUUAAUUUCAAGAUCAAAUUUCCUUAAUAGAAUUAUAGUCUUAAAUGAUAUGAAAGAGAAUUCUAUGAUUUUCAUUAAUAAUAUUUAAAUUGAAAAUAUAACAAUACUAGAUAAAAUUGGAAUAGAAUAAAAUUGUUUAAAAAUACUAAUGAAAUUUAAUUCAUAAUAUAAAUGUUUAUCAGAUAUCAAAAAAUCACCCAUUAAAUUAAAUCAAAAAUAUGAUAGUAAAUCAUUAUCAAAUGCUUACUGCAUUAUUAAUUAGAUGAAAUAAUUGUAAUAACAAAUAUUAUUAAGUGUUAUUGACAUUCAUCCUUCUUAUACAAAUAUGAGUAUUUCUUAGGUAACUUUAUCAGAAAUCAAUUGUACUAUAUGUUAGAAUGGUUUAAUAAAUGUAAAUUUUAUAGAUACUCAUUCAUUUUUAUUAAUAUAAUCAUUAAAACUUAAAUAAAAUAGUUGUGGUAAAUCAAGUUGUGUUAAUGUAAUUAAAUUGUCUACCUUAUAACGUUUGCUUUAUAAUUUAGUUUCAUAAGUAAAUGAAAAAUAAUUUGAUCUUAAAAUAAAUGAUUAUUUAUGUAAAUACAAUUAAGCAUAUGAAGGUACUUGCUUGUAGAUUAAAAAUAUUAAGACUUUAAUUUAACAAUCUAUAUUUGAACAUAAUUAUGCAAAUGCUUCUGGAGGAUCAAUUAAAGUUAUUGGUAAUGAAAUAUUUUAUCUUGUUCAAAGUCUCAUUUAUAACAAUACUGCAAAAUAUGGAGGAGGAUUAGAAAUAGAAGAUUAAAUGAGUUAAAAUAUGACUAGAUUUGGAUCUAUUGUUGCAAAUAAUAAAGCUGAAUUAUUUGGUAAUGAUUCUUCUUAAGUUCCAUCUUAAUUAUCAAUUACUAUUAAUUUAAUAGAUAUUCUACCUAGAUUUACAGUAUUAGAAUAAGAAAAUCUAUUAAUUUAAUAGAUUUUAAUAAAACCAUAUUAAGUAUUUACAAAUGAAUAUUCAGAUGCAUUUUAUGUACCUAAUGGAUAACAAAUAUCUUAAUAUUAAUACUUUGAUUGGAAUAAAGGUGAAUAUGUGCCUUAUAAUUUACAUUUUAGAAUAGUUGCAUUAGAUAAAUUGAAUUCAAUUUAAUAAGAUUUAGAGAGUACUUACUGUGAUAUUAGUGGAAGAUUACUUAUGGAAAGUGGUGAGAAUGAAUUCACUUAGAAUUUUACUAAUAUAAAAAGAAUAGAAUUCAAUAAAAGCGAUUAUAAUUUAGAUAAUUUAAUUAUCUAUUUAGAUGAUCAACUUAAUAAAACUUUAUAAUUGUAAUUUUAAUGUAAUUCUAUUUAUAUACCAAUUUAUGAUCAGAAUAAAGAAAUUGUUAGUUAUCACAAUAAUUAUUAUUUAAGAAUCAAUCUUAAAACAUUACCUUGUUAAAUGGGAGAAAUCAAAAGUUUAGUAGAUUCUACUUGUGUACCUUGCAAUGUUGAAUAAGGUUAAUAUUCUCUUGGUAUUAAUUCAAAUACAUGUCUAUACAAGGAUGAUGCUACUACAAGUGACAUUAAAUCAGCCUAAUUAAAAUUAAAAGCUGGAUAUUGGAGACCUUAUUUUUAUACUAAUGAAAUAAGUGAAUGUAUCAAUUUAAUUGAAAAUUGUCUUGGAGGAUGGAAAGAAGGAGAUACCUCAUGUUAUGAAGGUCAUAUUGGAGCAUUAUGUGAAGAAUGUGAUUUAUAUAAUUUAAGAGGAGAUGGAUAAUUUUCAACUAGCACAAAAUAUUCAUGUGGAUCAUGUACUGAAAAGAAUAAAAAUUCUAUUAUUAUUACUGCUAUUACACUUUGGUAUUAUUUAAUAAUAAUUAUAUAGGACAUUAAUAUCUAUCUUGAUUUCUGUUAAAAGUACUGUAGAACUAUUAAAAAGAGUGGCAAUUAAAGUUAGAAUUGGAUAAAAUAGAGCAUUUUCUCAUAUGUAAGAGGAUUAAUCUGGUGUAUUAAUUAAAAUGUUGACAAAUCAUCUUUAAAUUCUAUCAACAAUUACUACAUUUUAAAUAAACAUGUCAAGUGGAGUUAGUGAUGCAAUUAAGGCAUCAGGUAAUCCAAUGUAAACUAUGGCAUUUUCACUUGAUUGUUUUCUAAUUGAUAUGUUUGACUUUAACAUUCAUUAUUCAAGAAUGGUUUGGUAGAUGAUUAUGCCAUUAAUUUACAUCUUUUUAUUUCUAUCAAUUUAUUUAAUACAACUCAAAAUCAGGAAAUAGACAUAUAAUUUAAGUGUAAUCACAACUACUUUCAUUUACAUGUACAUAUUCUUAUAACCUAACUUGGUGGGUGGUUUUAUUUAGUUGAUAUCUUUUAGAACAAUCUCUAGUUUUAAAUGGAUAUCUGCCAAUGUAGCAUUUAGGUAUGAUACUUGGAUGCAUUUUAAAUGGCUUUUGGGAUUCUGUUUACCUAGUUUUCUUAUAAUAGCUUUUAUGAUCCCAGCAAUUUUUUACUUUGCUAUUUACUUCAAUAGAAAAAGAUUGGAUGAUAAAUUAGUAAGACAACAAUGGGGUUAUUUGUAUAAUGAAUAUACUCAUUAAGCAUACUUUUGGGAGAUUGUUAAAAUCUUAGAAAAAGAAUUACUCAUUAUAUUCUUAUCAUAUUAUGAUGAAUAUAUAGUUAAGAAAGGCAUACUUGUUUUAUUUGUUAUUUAUGUUUAUUAAGAAUUAAAUAUCAAAUUUAAACCAUAUUCAUCUCCUAAUCUAAAUAAAUUAGAUUCUUAUUCAGCCAAUGUUUGCUCAAUCUCAAUUGCUUUAGGAAUUGGAAUCUAUAUAGAUUAGUAAAUUGGAUCUUUAGAAAUUUAAAUUCCUUAUUUUAUACUUCUUGCUUCAUUCAAUAUUUAUUAUUUAUUCCUUUUAUUGAAGGAAUUAUUAAAAGCCUAUGGAAAAGAAUUGGAAUUGUAAUUAGAUAAAGCUAGAGAUCUUAUAAGAUUAAAAGCUCCUUGGACUACAAAUUAUAAAUUUCUAAAUAGAUUGCUUGCAAAUCGUUAAUAACAGAGAACUAAAGUAAUUGAAAGAUUUAAGAAAAUUAAAGUAAACUUAAUGAAGUAGGUUAAAAAUAUUAUACAAUUUAAAGAAACAAUUAAAAAAUAAUAGGACUCUGGUGUUGUCAGCCUAAAGGAACUAGAUAAUUUCUAUAAUGUCUUUAUGUAAUACAAAACAGCAAAUUCCUUAUAAAAUUUGUAAUUUUAAUUAAUUUAUAGAAAAGAAAAGAUGAAAAACUUUUAAAUGAGGAUCACCCAGGUUCAAAGGGAUAAGAGCAUUAUGAAACUAAAGUAUAUCCGUUGAUUUUAGACUAAAAUUGA